GUCAAUGAUUCAUCCAUGCAGUCAAUGUCUGUCCGCCGACCUACGUAUCUCAUCUCAUGACUUUGUAAGGGUUGAGAAUGCCGUUGGGAUCCAGCAGACGCUUCAGCUCUCGCUGAUGAAUCCAUUCAUCGAUAAACAAACGUACACACACAUACACACCAAUGCACUGCAUGUUUUGCUAUACCCAUCUGCUCCCUCACCAUGAGUUCGACGUGUGCCAUCUCAUUCGCGGCGGUGAUCUUGUCAGCCUUCAUCACACCUGCAUGCCAUCCAUGCAACACACACACGGACAGUGGGCGUGAAGAGCAGAGCAGAGCCAUCCAUCCGUCGAUCCAUCCAUCCACGCAUCAAUCCAUCCAUCAUGUGGCUGACCGAGGCCAUGUUCAGCCGACACAGAGCCCUUCACCGACUCUGAAUGCGUUUGAUAAGCAGCAGGCAAGAAGUGCCCACAUAUACGUACAUGCUGUGUGUGUAGCAUGUGUUGUCUCUUCAUGUAACUGACUCACUGAUGUAGUCCCAUAUGAAUGGCUCCAGGGCGGCCUCGAGCUGUUGGCACGCACUCAGGUCCUCAGCCAGCACAUUGAUGUGCAGAUUAGAGUCACCUGCACCCACACAUGAAUGUCAGAGGGAGGUGAGUCCUGUCUGUCUGCGUCUUUUUGUCUGACGUGGGAUGGCCUGCCUACCGAGGUGCCCAUAUCCAACACACGUGUGGCCGGGGAUGCCCUACACAGACAGACAGACGGUCGAAAGGCGAUGAAUGGAUGGAUGGAAGCGUAAGUAGCUAUGGUCGGUCGGUCACCGGCUGACCUUGAGUCUCUCUUUGAGCAGCUCAACGAUAUGGUACAUGCCUGUGAGGGGCAACGUGAUGUCGUACUUGUACACCUGACAGACGCACGUCAAUCAAACAGCCAGCCGUCAGCAAUGCAAUGAAUGCAUGGAUCUGUGUGCACGUGUUGUCUGAUCUAUCGUAUCUCUCACCUUCCCCGCAUGGCCCAUUGCAGGCCCGAUCGACUCCCUGCACACAAAUGGCAUCCGCGCCCGCACAUCACAUAUUCUGUCUGCUGUAGCCAGCCCACUUGCCUGAGCUUCCAGAACUCCUGUAUCUGUGUGGCAUUCUCGGCAUACACACCAUCCUACACACACACACAGAUGGAUGGACAGACGCACAGGAACGAACACAUUGACGCAUUUAGUGGCAAGCCGUACAUCUUUCCCUAUUUCACUCGCUGACCGUGACGGUUUCAUCUUCGAUGAGUUUGCCGACCAGCUUCUCGACACGCGCAUAGUCACACGCCUCAUCCUGACCUUACACACACACAUCGACCACAGACGGAGAGAGGGGAGGGAGAGAUUGCCAGGGGCCGUGACGACCGUGUGUCGAAGUGUGCUGACUGACCUGAGGUCUCCACGAGAAGGUAGAAGGGCGAAGCGCUCUGGAAGGGAUCACGGCUGCCCUGAUCAGUGGAUGGGAACCGACGAGACGUCAGGGCGCUGGUGUUGUAUGGGUGUAAGUAAGGGUGUAGGGUGUGGUGACUGACCGGUAUGUGUGUGGUGACCAUUUCGAGCGCCGACCGAUCGAAGAACUCGACGGCAGAGAUGAUGUCAGACAUCCGACGGCGACACUAAACGACAGACGCACACCAUAGCCCGUCCAGUGUGUAUCCAUCCAUUGCUCUCUCUGUGUGUGUGUCGCUGCCCACCUACCUCAGUGGCUGCCUGCACGACCUUAUCGAAAGAGUCACACUGGAACAGACACACUGCAACAAACAAAGGGGCGGGGAGGUAGUGAUGGGGUGUGCGGGGAAGGACGGGCAAUCGACGGUGUGCUGCCUACGUUGUACUGAUGACGACUUGAACGGACAGAUCAUCGUGACAGCUGUGACGACGCCCUGCAUUGCAACACAAGGCAAUUGACAAGAAAAGAAAUACCCUUGACUGACAAACUGACUGACACGAUUGAUUGGCACAUCCGUCACCUGUAUGCUAUGCUAUCCAUACCAGUGUGCCCUCGGCGCCGAUGAAGAGCUGGUGCGCCUUGUACCCCGUGUUGUCUUUCCGCAGCAGACUCGUCAUGUCCACCCGCGUCCCAUCGGCCUUGACCACCUCCAGCCCCAGCACCGACCCGCUGAGCGGCCCGUACCUGAGGUACCUCAGCCCGCCGGCGUUGGUGCUGACAUUGCCGCCGAUGUGACAGCUGCCCUUGGCACCCAGGUCGAUGGGCAUGGUGAAGCCCCGCUCCUCCACGUGCUGGUACAGCGACUCGAGCACGCAGCCGGCCUGGCAGUGCAGCACGCCCGUCGACUCGUCGAAAGAGAUGAUCUGCACAGAGAGAGAUAUAUAUAUAUACGAGGGCGGGGAUGUCGGGAGGGAGAACUGUGGGUUCGUACUUUGUUGAGGUUGGCAAGGGAGAGCACCACUUCAUCGAAACUGCACACGGAGACGAUGCUUAUCCCCUUUCUGUGUCUGCGAGGGGCCUGUGAGUGCUCACGUUGGCACGCUGCCUCCGACCAGCCCCGUGUUGCCCCCCUGCGGCACCACCGCAAUCCUCUGGUCAUUGCAGUACUUGAGCACACGCUGGGUCUCACCCACCGUCCUCGGCUUCAGCACCAGAGGACACUCACCCUCUGACACACACACACACACACACACACAUCAUUGCCCACCCCGUGGAUGAAGGCUCCAUCGCAUCGGUCGCUGCCUACUGUAUAUGCCCAUCCAGUCAAGAUUGUACGGCGCAACCUCCUUCUCGUCAGUCAGCACGCCGCCCUCGCCGACCACACCCCGGAAGAAGUCAACAUCCUCACCGUCCAGCUGCUUGAAGCGAGCAUCGCGCUGAAACUGCGGCACAUAAUACCUGUUGCUGCUGUGCUCCUUUGGCGCUGCUGCUGCCCGCCUCGGCCGUGAUGAGAAGCAGAGAGUGCGGUGGAAGGGCAGAUGGGAUGAAUCGGGAGGGAAAAAGGAGCGCUCGAGCGCUCGCAAGAGAGGCACUCUCGCUGCGGCUUGACGCGGCAGCAUCAUCAUGGAUCUUCACUCGCUGGUGGACUCAUGAAAAGGGAUGAAGUUUGUCGAUAUGAGAUGACUGGCGAAGAUUCGCACAUCCCAUAGCGCAGAG